AUGUCCUCAUCAGAGCCGUCCGAGGUCAACUCGUACCCGGCCUCAAGGCUCGAAACAUCGUUCUUCGAAACCACUGAAACCUUCGAUGACAUCUGGCAUCCCCGCCCAACAGGGCCCUUUUCUAUCGGGGACGUGGUCGCUCUUGGCUGUAUCCUGCUCUCGAUCUUCUUGGUGCUCAUACUCGUCACUCUCGAUGCCAUGCAAGCGGCUGCCGAUGACGUCGACCUAGGGCGGAGGGAAUCGGGCACGAUGAGUUUGCAAAGGUUGACGGUGGCGUUUGGGAUGUUCUUCAUUUGUUGUGCUGGCGUAGGCAGUAUGAUCCGCAGGACGAACGGUGAACCAACGGUUGCUGGAGAAAUCCCAGCUCUCGAGAAGCUCUCGAGCUGA